AUGGCCUCAGAAGCUCCCGCCGCGCCCGCCAACGCAACCUCCACGGCCAACGAGUCGUCCUCGGCCGCUGCGCCCACGGCGUCCGGCGCUGCUGACCAGCAAGCUCCUGCGCGCGGCAUCCCUUACUACGAGAAGCUAAGGCGUGAGCUGCGAGAUACCCUGCAGAAGAAGCGCCUGAUGGACAAGAACCUGGCCGCCCUGGAAGAGUCGAUAUACCGCUUCGAACAGUCCUACCUCGAGGAGACGGGCGCAGGCAACAUCAUCAAGGGCUUCGACAACUAUAUCAAGGGCGCGUCGAGCCUCUCGAGCAUGGGAGGCAGCGGGAUCGGUGGCUCGUUUGGCUCGGGCAACGGGCCCACGACCAGGCGGAAGGGUCAGGUGGCUGACUCCGACAGGGUGUUCUCCCGCAGCUCGACCAGCUUCAUGAGGGACUCCCCGGCUCCCUCGAGUGCUCAUACGACUCCCUCGCAUGCCCAGACGCCUACAUCGACUGCUCCGGGCAUCAAGAGCGAGGGUAAAGAGGGCUCUGCCGCUGCAGCAGGUGGUAACAAGACGGCUGCAAAUAAGAAGAGUAAUAGAAAGUCUCUGGGUGAUGCGUCAUCGGCACGUCGGGAUAGAGAGACCGGCGACGAGGGUGAUAGCAAGCAGCCUCUCAAGAGGUUGAAGAUCACGUACGUUAGAGGAGAGUGA